AUGUCAGGGAACAUUGGCGAGACUGAUCUGAGCGUUCUACUCUCAACCCUGCAUUUCACAGUCCACCCCAAGGUCUUCGUCUUUGCGACUACUCCUAUUGAUAUGUCUCCUUCACCACAGUCAAAGCUGCCACCAUCAGCGAUCCAGAUGUCCUUCCGGGAAGCUGAAGGGACCACGGUGAUUACUACCCUCGACGAUCUAAAGAAAUACCAUCCAGAUCUCGAGUAUCAGUUUCCCUGUCGAAUGAUCACGUUACAGGUGCACUCGAGUCUCGAAGCGAUUGGGUUUUUGGCUACUGUCGCCAGCAAGCUUGCCUAUAAAGGGAUCAGUUGUAAUCCUGUCAGUGGCUACUAUCAUGAUCAUCUGUUUGUGCCGGUAGCUAUGGUGGAUGAUGCACUAGAGGUACUGACCAAGACCGCCGAAGAUGCCAAAGCUCGGAGCACGAAAGAAUAG